AUGGAAUUGAAACUGAAAGAGCUGGAGGACCAUGAGAAGGAACAGCAGGAACGGGAGGACUGUGAGAGACAGAGGCAGCAUGAACUGGCGAUGGUGGAGCUGAGAAGCAGAGAGACCCCUACCAUGGUUGACCCUGCAGAAAGGUUUCGGCAUCUCACCCCCUUACUGGGUCCCAAAGCCAAAGAGAUGUUCAGCCAGAUGGAUGAGGUGGAAGCAGGGGACUAUGAACUGUUCAAACAAGCCCUGCUGCGCAAGUUUGAGCAGACCUCCGAGGCAUACAGGAAAAGGUUAAGGAGUGUGCACAUGACCCAGGGGAUGACCUAUCUGGAACUGGUCACGCUGAUGGCGGAAUACACCCUCAAGUGGGUGAACGGGGCCUGGGCCCAGACCAAGGAGGAUGUGAUUGAACUGAUGGGGCUGGAGCGACUAUAUGAACUCUGUCCCCCUGACCUGAGGAUGUGGCUGGUGGAUAAGAGGCCGAAGGACCUGCGCCACUCAGGGCUGCUGGCUGAUGAGUUUGUAGACAGCAGAGAAUCCAUCUGCACUAAUUAUCAUACCACUGCUCCAAUGGAAGACACAGAAGCCAAACUUUGCAGUAAUGACAAAGAAGAAGCACUCAGAAGGGAAUUGCCAUACUGUACAGGAGAAAUUGACUUCAUGGCUUCCGGAAAGAAAUUUGGGAAGUUUGUUAAAGUUCCAUGUGCCAUCCAUCCUGGAGUUAUAUUUGAUAUUAUGAUCAACAAAUGGAACCUACCUGCUCCCAACUUGGUUAUCUCUUUAGUUGGAGAAGAAGAAAACUUCCAGAUGAAACCUUGGUUACGGGACACCUUAAGAAAAGGACUUGUAAAGGCCACAGAAAGCACUGGUGCCUGGAUCUUUACCAGUGCUCUACGUGUUGGAAUAACGAGGCAUAUAGGGCAAGCAGUCCAAGAUCACACACUGGCUAGUACUUCAGCCAGAGUAAGAGUGAUUGCAAUAGGAAUAACUUCACUGGGAAAAAUUCAGCAUGGAGAGAUUCUGGACAACGUGAAGAAUGAAAACCUUGUAUGCUACAAGUCAGAUGAUAAUGGCCAAGGGCCACUGUACUCCCUUGACAACAAUCACUCCCAUUUUAUUUUGGUGGAUCAGAUAAAUCCAGAUGAGCCAGAUGGAACUACUAAACUACGGCUCACCUUGGAAAAACACAUUUCAGAACAGCGCACUGGGUAUGGAGGAACAGGUAGCAUUGAAAUCCCUGUGCUUUGUUUACUGGUAAAUGGAGGACCAAAAACACUUGAGAGAAUUUGCAGGGGCUUGGAAAACUCUGCUCCCUGGCUUAUCUUAGCAGGAUCUGGGGGUACAGCUGACAUCUUAGCUGCAGUAGUGAAUGAGCCACACCUUAUUGUGCCACAAGUUGUAGAAAAGCAACUUAAAGAGAAAUUCCCUACAGAAAACUUUUUAUGGAAGGACAUUCUCCAUUGGACAGCAAUAAUUCAGAACAUUGUUUCCCAGCAGCAUCUUUUAACAGUGCACAGUUUUGAGCAAGAAGGUUCAGAUGAAUUAGACACAGUGAUUUUGAAAGCUUUGGUCAAAGCCUGUAAAAGUCACAGUCAGGAAGCUCAGGAAUACCUGGAUGAACUGAAGCUGGCAGUGGCCUGGAAUAGAGUGGACAUCGCUAAAAGUGAAAUAUUCAAUGGCGAUGUGGAAUGGAAGUCCUGUGAUCUAGAGGAAGUGAUGAUGGAUGCUCUGGUGAAUGAUAAGCCAGAAUUUGUAAAGUUAUUUAUUGACAAUGGGGCCAACAUGUAUGACUUCCUGACGUACAGCCGGCUUCAGAGACUCUACUGCUCCAUCUCUCGGAAAUGCCUCCUCUAUGCACUCCUCCUGAAGAAACAUGAGGAAAGCAGGCUGACUCUAGCAGGAAUCACUGGUCAACAACAUAAGGAAACGAUGGAUGUCUGCCCGCUCUUUACCCUCCAUGAAGUUUCUAGAGUGCUCAAGGAUUUUCUUCAUGAUGCAUGUAAAGGUUUCUAUCAAGAGGCCAAGCAAGGAAGCAAGAGGAAAGCUGAUAAAACAAAUGCAAAACGAUUACCUGGGCUCCUGGAUAUGAACCAGAAGAGUGAGAAUCCCUGGAGGGAUUUAUUUUUAUGGGCAGUACUUCAAAACCGGCACAAGAUGGCAAACUAUUUCUGGGCUAUGGGACAAGAAGGUGUAGCUGCAGCUCUGGCAGCUUGUAAGAUUCUCAAGGACAUGUCCCGACUGGAGACAGAGGCUGAAGUAGCCCGUAGGAUGAAAGAAGCCAAGUAUGAUCAGCUCGCUCUGGAGCUAUUCAGUGAAUGCUAUCACAACAGCGAGGAACGAGCUUUUGCUUUACUGGUGAGGAAAAACCAAUACUGGAGCAAAACUACCUGUCUCCACUUGGCCACAGAAGCAGAUGCUAAGUCUUUCUUUGCACACGAUGGUGUCCAGGCCUUCUUGACAAAAAUCUGGUGGGGAGACAUGUCAACAAGCACUCCGAUCCUGAAGUUAAUCUGCGGAUUCUGGUGUCCUCUUCUAAUCUACACCAAUCUAAUAGCAUUCAGUGAACAAAUACAAUCAAAGAAUGAGCCAGAGACAUUCAGAGAGCUAGAGAGCCUAGACACAGAAAGGACUUUGCUUUUUUCCAAGGAGGGGGAUAGGGUAGAUGUCAAAUUAGAGAAGCGGAGGUCGUCUGAAAACAUAGCAUGGGCAACAUUCAUGUUUACUCGCUGGAAAAAGUUUUGGAGUGCCCCUGUAACAGUAUUUAUGGGGAAUGUUAUCAUGUAUUUUGCUUUUCUGUUUUUAUUUACCUAUGUCUUGUUACUGGAUUUUAAACCACCACCACCUGAGGGGCCUUCUGUUAAGGAGAUUAUACUUUACUUUUGGGUUUUUACAUUGGUCUUGGAAGAAAUCCGACAGAGUUUCUUUACAGAUGAAGACAUGAAUUUAAUUAAGAAAUUUAAACUGUACGUGGAGGAUAACUGGAAUAAGUGUGAUAUGGUGGCCAUCUUUCUGUUUAUAAUUGGAGUGACCUGCAGAAUGCUGAACUCAACAUUUCAAGCCGGCCGUACAGUACUUGCCAUUGAUUUCAUGGUGUUCACUCUGAGACUUAUACAUAUUUUUGCCAUUCACAAGCAACUAGGGCCAAAGAUCAUAAUUGUGGAAAGAAUGAUGAAGGAUGUUUUCUUCUUUCUCUUUUUCCUGAGUGUGUGGCUCAUUGCCUAUGGUGUGACAACUCAAGCCUUACUCCAUCCUGAUGACAGUCGAGUAGAAUGGAUAUUCAGAAGGGUGCUUUAUCGUCCUUACCUUCAGAUAUUUGGGCAGAUUCCACUGGAUGAAAUAGACACAUCUCGUAUGCGUCUUGAGAACUGUACCUCUACCCUGAAAAGUCCGCAGGAAAAUUCACCAUUAUGUUCUAAUACCUAUGCCAAUUGGCUUGUCAUACUUCUGUUGGUCACUUUCUUAUUGGUCACCAAUGUGCUACUUAUGAAUCUCCUGAUUGCUAUGUUCAGUUAUACUUUUCAAGUUGUUCAGGGCAAUGCAGACAUCUUCUGGAAAUUUCAGCGGUACAACCUGAUUGUGGAAUACCAUGGUCGUCCAGCGUUGGCACCACCAUUUAUCAUUAUUAGCCACAUGCAUCUGAUUCUCAGAAGAAUCUUCAAAAAGAUGGAGCACAAAAAGGAACAUCUGGAAAGAGAUCUGCCAGACAGCCUGGAUCAAAAAAUCAUAACAUGGGAGGUGGUCCAAAAGGAAAAUUAUCUCGCAAACCUGGAACAAAAGAAAAAAGAAAGUAACGAAGAGAGACUAAAGAAAACAUUUAACAAGGUGGACAACCUGUCUAAAUAUUUUAGUGGAAUGAAAGAGCAAGAGAAACGGCUUAGAUCUCUGGAAUCACAAGUUAACUACUGUUCAGCUGUUAUUUCUUCAAUGGCAGAUACUUUAAGCAAAAAUAACCUCUUGUGCAAUAGACCAGUUCCAAAAUAUACAAGUUUUAUGAAUACCAGCACAAAUCAAACAAUCCUACCAGAAAGAAGUGAAGGCAAAGAACAUACAGAAGACUCUGAAAAUGAUAUGAUGUACAUUGAUAAUUAAAUGAAGUUCUCAUUUCCUCAGAUUAGUUUGCCAUUUUGAAGUACUUCUGGGGUGAAAUCCCAACCCCACAGAAGUCAGUGGCAAAACUGCCAUUAAGUUGUGGGGCCAGGACUUCGCCACUGAUGUAGUCAUGUAUCAGAUGUCUUCUGUUUCCUUCUCACUGUAUUUAUAUAUGUAGUGAACAGGGCAGUGAGAUUUUUUCCCCUCUUCAUCUCCUGCCCUUACGCUGAGUGCUUCUCUGCCUGUCUACUAUGUUUCUCUUAACCUAUUUACCAACAUUAAGGAAAAGCAGAUCAAUUGCUAGAGGCAAUCACCUGUGAUAUACAAUAUUCUUCUCUGUCCAUGUCAGACUUCCAUCCUCCUUUGCUCUGCAACCAUGUCUUGCAUGAUUCUCUGGAUCCUCAACAAAGCCUGCCAUGUUGCCAGACAGGGCCCACAAUACACUCCAGAACCACCUCAUCUCCUGUAACAUUUGCUCUGCACGCUCUCUUUGUUGCAUCUUCCUCUAUCUUCUCUUCCACCUCCUGUUUCCUGGUUCUUAUCCUCCCAUCUAAUCCAUACUGGCGACUCCUAUUUAGCCAUAUAAAGGCUCUCUUCUCUACCCUACUCUUAUAGCCUGUGUACUUCAUUUCACCAGUCAUAAUAAACAUCUUCUACUGCCCCCUGGUACCUUCUCUGAUGCCCUCCAAACUGAUACCAUCACAUUUUCGAAAACACUUCUGUGCCCUCCACUCCCUUCUCAAAUUUCUUUUUUUUUUUUUUUUUUACUGAGGACUUCAUUUCUUGAUUGUUAGUCCCUGUAUUCUUCCCAGAGGAAUUACUCUGACAAAAAGCGUGAUGCUUACUGUGACACUUCACAAGACUGGCACAGUAAAAAUAGUCGCCUCAUCUGUUUGCUGAAGAAAGCUCAAUUUCAUGGGCUCUUUACUUCUCUAGAGAUUGUUAAUCAAAAGCAAAUCAGGAAAUAACCCAGGGCUUCAACAGCAUAGAAGCCAGAUUUUUGCACUGAUCUAGUUUUUCUCAUCCCCAAACUGUUAUACUUUCCAGCAUCUCCUCCUUAUCUUGACUAUGGUAAUUUCCUCCUUUAUGGCCUUUCCUUAGUCCUAACUUCUCCCAGAUGCAGAAACUGAAACAUCUUUUGUCCUCAAGUCUUCACUGGCUUGCUGUCCAUUUCAAAACCCAAAGCACAUAAAUGUUCUAUUACCUUCAUCCCCUCGACUCUAUCCACUAUGAUCCCUGAAUGCCAGCCUUCUGCCUGCUGUCAGUGUUGCUUUAAUAGUGAGCAACAAACUCUCCCAACACAGCCCCAAAAGUUGGAACAGCUCCCUUACCUCCAAGAAAUCUUCUGACUUUUUUCAUUUUCUUGUCUCAUUCCUCUGAAAAAUCAAAUCCUACUCCACACACCAUCAUUUUUCCUAGAAACUAGACCUAUGAACAUUUCACCUUCUCUCUUUUCAUUACAGUAGCUACAAAUAUUACACUUGUAUAUUUGACAUUGACUUUAUUUGCACAUAUAGGCUAACUGGCUGUGAAACCUUGUUAUACUUUUGUACGAG